CCGCGUUGCACACAGGCAUGGAGCCCGCGGCCGGGCCGGGCCGGAGCGGCCUUUGCCCGCCCCCGGGGGGCACCGACCCGGGCCGGGGCUCCUCCGCGGCCGGGAGCGCCCCGGGGGCACAGGGCAGCUGGUCGGGGGCGGCUGGCGGCAACUGGAUCACGGCUCACCCCACGUUCACAGAAAUGAUGUCACUCGAUGUGUCUGACAGCACUCAGGUCUACGCUGCCUUUUUGGUGUACCUGGACCUCCUGGAAGGCAGGAGCUGGCACGAGGUGCAGCCGGUGGGCGUGGCAGAGCUGCAGCUGGUGUGCUUGCACGCCCGUGCCAGGGAGCAGGAGGGGCUGCAGGUCAUGGUGCCAGUGCCUGCACACAUCCUCAUCAGCCACGACAGGUUAAGGGAAAUACUGAAGAAAGCCUCUCUCCCUCCAGAAGAUCCUGACACCCUGCUGUCAGUUACCUUGGCCAUAGUUGAGACAGACUCCACAAUAGUCUACUAUAAAAUGACUGAUGGCUUUGUAAUGCCAGAGCCUCCCGAUGAUACUGAAGAUGUGGAUAAUAAACAGUGGAGGAAGAAAAGAAAGAAACUUUUCAAAUGAUUGGGGCAGAGAAAAUAAAACUUGAAUUCCUGUUCUCAAAUCCAAACAAAUGCAGGAACUGAUGUAUGUGAAUAAAAGUGUGUGUGCUAAAGUCUGCCUUGGCAUAUCAAGGAUGUGUUCAGGGAGAACAGAGGCUUGUGCAGCUGCACUGUGAUGAAAUACCAUUUGAGGUAUGAAUUAAGUCAUGCUUUGACACAGAUCAGUCCUGACUAAUAAAUACUCUUGGGAAGUGUUUGCAAA